UGCACCUAUGGCUGCUCGUUCUUGCUUUCCCAAUCAUGUUCAAGUUAAUGGAUUGCAGCCUCUUAUAUCCAAACAAAGAAAUUCCAGCAUAAUUAUCAGUAAAAGGAGUAGCAUCACUCCGAAUCCACGCCGUCUGAUCACGAUAUCAACGGGGGAUGGGAGAUGGCAUGGGAAAUGGGAUUCCGAAUAUCUUCUCUCGCUCCGAGAUCUGCGGUUGGAGGACUUGGUAGAUGAUGAACGUCAAAAAAAUGCUCAAGUUUCUAUCAAACUCUCUGUCCAGAAGCAUGCCAGUUUUGGCUUCUCUGUUGACGGAAGGAUCAUCACAUCAUUCCCUAGAAAAUGUAGCAACUGCAAUUCUCCAUACUGCAGGAAGAUUGAUACACAAUUUAAUGUAUGGGUUCUACCAUCAAGACGGGACAAACGUGAAGUUUGCUUACCAGAACUAGGAGAUGAUCCAUCAGUGAUUUAUGUCAAACCUGGAAAUGAAGCGGACCUUGAUUCGCUAGUACAAGACACGAUACGGCUUACAACCUCCAUAAAAGACACUUGCUCAGAAUUAUGCGAGAAAUCUUCAUAUACAAUUGACAAUAAUGGUGGAGCAAGAUCUGGUGGUAUUGAUAAGAGGUGGUCAAGACUCUUGGAACUAAAGAAUCAAUAUUCAUAAAGUAACAUAUGCAGAGAUCGAAUUCAGAAUAAUUCCACAACUUUCGAGCCAUUUCACCUAAUUGGUUUCAAGGUGUGCUUAAAUCUCUCCCUGUAUGUACGUAUGUAUAUAGGCAUACAUAUAUAUAUAUAUAUAGACGAUGUUAGCUUGUAUAGAAUAUUAUUGUAAGAUGGUAGAGUUUACAUGAUGAAAAUGUAUGGUUUUUUUUUUUUUUUAUAACGGUUAUUGAGUAAUGUGUAAUU